GAGGUGUGCUGCAGCAGGAACUCGGUGAGAGGCCAGAGGCGCGACAUCACGAACCGAAGCUCCAGCGAUUUCUCGAUAUACCCCCGCCCGUGCUUCCCACAUCGACAAACUCCUUUGAACUAGGCGAACGCUAUCUGGCCGACGAUCUCAUAUUCUCACGGAAGCCACACACAUCCCCCCGUACCUCGAACCCGAAGAAGCGCAUCCAUCCGAAACCUCGAAGCCAAACUCCUGAGCAGGGCCGUCCACACACGUCGCGCAGGGUGAUAGAUAUUACGAGAGAAGAGAGAUAGAUAGAGGCAAACGGAAGGACGACUGCGCGCAAACACUACAACACACACACACACACACACACACACACACACACACACAACAAUGUCGUACUACUUCGCCAUCGUCGGCACGCAAGACAACCCCCUCUUCGAAUACGAAUUCGGCACCUCCAAACAAGGCGGCGACGGCCAGUCGCGCUUCAACGAGCAGGUCCGCCACCUGAACCAGUUCAUCCUCCACAGCAGUCUGGAUAUCGUAGAGGAAGUGCAGUGGGCGCAGGGGCAAAUGUACCUCAAAAUCGUAGACAAGUUCUUCAAUAACUACGUCUCCUGCUUCGUCACAGCAGGCAACGUCAAGUUCCUCCUCCUGCACCAGCCCUCGGCGCCCUCCACCACGGCGUCGUCGCGCUCGUCGACGGCCAUCGGCGCCAACCCCACCAGCCCCGCGACCGAGGAGGCCAUCAAGAACUUCUUCCAAGAGGUGUACGAGAACUGGGUCAAGGCCAUCAUGAGUCCGUUUUACAGGGUCAAUAUGGAAGUCAAGAGUCCUGUGUUUAGGUCACGGGUGGCGGCGGCGGGGAGGAAAUAUCUCUAGUUCACCUUGGGUGUUGAAAGUAAUGUGGAAUAGGCUGGGCAAGUUAUACAAACGCUGCAGCCUAGAUUGGUUGUUGUCUUCAUAAUGGAUCACUUCACAAAACGUAAACAAGACACGCGUCACGAUUCAAUCACGUUCGAGUAAAGAGUGUGUUGUGUUCAAAUCACCGUGUUGGUUGGUGUUCCAUUUCAGGCAAUGCGUCUGCCUGUCGACGCCAUGAGAGCACU